AGGUCACAGGUACACUAAACACUGGUUACUCUGCGAAAUAACUUGCAGACACUAGAACCUACUCGAAAAGCAAUGCUGAAGUUGAGUCUUUAAAAAUGGUUUCAUAGCAACUGUUGUUACCAAGCAACAGUUAACAAAGUUAUUCGUCAAAACCUAUUUAUUCUAUCUAGUCUUGUACAAGUUUUUUUUAUUAGUGUUAAAAAUAUCGUUUCUUUUAUUAAUUGGCUCGUGCGAAAGAAUUGUGUCAACAUGAAGAAAACGAACGUGCAAAAAUUGUUAGGAAUUUCACAGAAUCCAGAUAGCCCUAGAGGAGCUAUCGCUUGUCAGUGCGAUCUAGGUCGAGAGAAGCUGCUCACGGCCCCGCCUUACAAAACUGUUCCAUCAAGCGACGAGGUGCAGUCCCGGUACCCCACAGCACCAUGUGCGAGAGACGCCGAGCAGUUUGUAUGCCCCAUCAGCCACGUCCUGGUGACCUUCAAAUCCCCCCUAAACCCCAACGAAUUGUACAGCAAGGUGUUCCCAUCGUCGAUACCUGUAAAGUUUGUGAAACGAAAAUUAUCAAAGCUACUCAGUAUUUCUAACAACAACCUUUUGUUGACUAAAAACAGAAAUGUGCUGAAAGAUACGACUCUAUUGUCCCAACUUAAGACUGAUGCUCCCGGUAGCUUGACUAUUGAUGUUUUUACAAAGGACUCCGAAGCUUUUUCGCUCUCGGCCAUUCCAAAGGAAUCUUAUGUCCAUGAUCUGCUGCACGCAGUCAUGCCCAGGAAGAAACACAUGCCAUUUAUUGCCAUGAAGUUUAAGGUUCGCAAUCAAAAUGCCAUGUUUACGCGUUCAUAUCAUUCGAUAAUGUUAGUUCAUGAAAUUAAGAAAAACUUGGGUGAGUUGUUUCUAAUUGAACCAAGUAACUUGGUUAUCUUAAGAUAUGACAGGCCGUUAAAAGAUCGCAUGGCAGUUGCGGAUCUUGAUUACGACAAAUACGGAAUAGUGGAGGUUGAGUUGCUGACCAGAAAUAACGAGGUUCUGAACUUAGAGAAGUUAUAUCAAGAAAUGCCACUGAAUGACGUGCUAAGUGUGACUGUACCGUUUGGGUCCACUAUAAAACAAAUCAAUGUCGAAAUAUUUUCUGAACCCAUGCGUAAACCCUUCUUGGGAGGAUACAAGAAUGUAAAAACAGGAGCGGUGUUCCACCAUGCCUACACACAGACACCGCAAAAAGCAGAAAAGUUGCCUCCUGAAAAGAAAAACUGCCGAGACACGCAGACGGCUGAAGAAAAAGAAAAGUUAUACGAUACAAACUACAGCCGCGCAACGCAAAUGAACAACGUUCACGCAUAUGUACCAAACGUGAAUGACAGGAUUGUUAUCCCAAAACCAUAUGAGACUUACGAAGAGAUGAUCAAACGGUUAAACCACGACCAUUAUGCUUCGAUCAUACAACGUGCCUUCAGACAUCACCAGUACCGUCAAAAAGUGGAUAAAUGGUUACGGGAAUGCAGAGAGCGAAUAGAGCGCAUGAAGGAGGAGGAAAGAUUGGAAGUGGAAGCUACGGAAAAAAGAAUACGGCGCGACCUUAUUACAAAGACGUUUCCGAAAACGCGUGAAGAUUUUGAUCAACUGUAUGCAAUGGUGGAUCGCUGGAAGCACGCAGAAAUUGCUAGGAUAUCACGAUUACACGCUAAAGGUCCAAAAAUAGCCGAAUUCUCAUUGCUCCUCGAUAAGGAAGUGGAAUUAUUACGAUGUAUUGAGGAUUACAGAGUUAAAGUGAGAGAAGAUAGUCGAAAGAUUCGCGAAAAACGCUUUUUAGAUGAAAUUUCUAAGCCAGUAGCUUGGUAUGGUCGCAGUGGAAAAUUAAUUACAAUGGAGACAGUCGAAAUACAAAAGGCUAGAAAUCUGAAAGAGCUUUAUAGUGCUUUUAUCCGCGAUGACAUGGAUUUUAAAGAACGUUUAGAACUUGUUGUCGAUAUGAAAUUUGCAUUACAGGGAAUUUACCACCCUUUAGCAGAAGAAAUUAUCAGACUUUUGGAUCAAGAAUGUGAUCUAUUGGUCAGGCGAUAUAAACCUUCCCAACUCGAGUAUCUGAGGCGUAGAGUAUCUAGCACAAUAUUUCGGAUGAUACAGACUUCUGAACUAAAUGGUGGCGUAACGAAGUACAAAGAUCAGAGAGACUAUAAAAAUAUGCAGAACAGCAGCCUGCACUUCUGCGAAUUAUGUCAUCAGGUGAAACCUUAUUCAGAAUUCCCUUUGAAUACAAGAAUGUCUAAUUUCUUGAUCUGUAAGUCAUGCUCGUGGAAGGAUGUGAAUGAACGUAGCUGGAUAGAUAUGACGCCUUACCGAUUUAUCUUGAGAGCAGUGCAACGUGACGAGCGACGCCGCAAGUGUUGGGGCUCUCUGGCUUUCGUACUUCAGGAGAAAGACAUUUUCUUCAUAGUUGAAAAGCUGUGGCACACGCACUCUGCGAUCAGCGAGUGCAGUGAUGUCACCGAACUGAGGCUUUGUAGAUGGCAUGUCAAUGAAGACUGGGCGCCUUGGAAUUGUUUCUUAGUGACGGUGCAAGAAAUGAAGGCUCAUUUGAAACUCGAUGUACCAGAAGACGUGUAUGAUGAAGAGCUGGUUCAGAAAGUUCGCAAUAAACACAAAUUAGCGAAAGCGAACUUCGAGCAACUGAGCGCUGUAAACAAACAAUACACAGAGUCCGGAGACUGGCAGAGCACUCGUGCUCCUGCCACAGCUCGUGUAGAUGCCGUAGAACGAAUUUAAUACUUUUAGAUUUUACAUUUUGAUGACUGCUCUUUCAAUGUUUGUGAUUAGCUUCAUUGAACUAUUGUAGUUUUUUUUAGUAACGUCGUGUGUGUGCCCCAUUGUAGUCGUAUGGUAUUUUCUAUAUUUCAAAGCCAAAUGGUAGAAGAGCUAAACUUGUAGUUUUCUCCUUGUGACUCUUUGUGUUGCCAAUCAUAAAGUAGCGUCAACAUCUGUUGCAAAGAAAGAAAUUUAAGCUCAUGGAUGUUAGUUGGUAUUUAGGUGGUAUUCACUUUAAAUAUACGUAUUAUUAAACUAAA